CGGGUCGUUAUCCAACUCGCUUCACUUAAGUAUAGUCGCUCCCGAUAACUACCCAUAGCCUCAACCCCAAUCUGUUCUCGACUCAACCCCACACACCCAGACACACAUUCACCAUGCCCCCCUCUGCUACCCAAGACGCACCCAAGACGCUUGCCGAGCUCACAACGCUCCUCAAGGACGACCGUAUGGUCAAGGUCGCAGGUGUCGACGUCGACGGCAUCCUCCGCGGCAAGAUCAUGUCCAAGGCCAAGUUCCUCUCGUCGAUCGAGGCGUUUGGCUUCUGCGGCGUCGUGUACGGCUGGGACAUGCACGACCAGACGUACUCGCGUGAGCUUCUCGUCUCGAACCGCGGAAACGGUUACCGCGACAUCCUCGCCCGCGUCGACCUCUCCACCUACCGUCGUCUGUCUUGGGAGAACAACAUCCCCUUCUUCCUCGUCAGCUUCACGACCCCCGAGACGGGCCUCCCGCUAGAGGUCGACCCCCGAAGCCUGCUCGAGACGGUCCUCGAGAAGGUGGCUGAUAAGGGCUGGACUGGGAUGGCCGGUGCAGAGUUCGAGUACUUCCAGUUCGCCGAGACUCCUCAGUCUGCCCAGGCCAAGGGCUACAUCAACCUCACUGCCCUGACCCCCGGUGCCCACGGCUACUCGCUCCUCCGCACGACGAUGAACAAGGACUACUUCUACGACCUGUACAACGUCGGUACCGACUUUGGAAUCGAGAUCGAGGGUCACCACACAGAGACCGGCCCGGGCGUGUUCGAGACGGCUCUCGCUUACACCGACGCGCUCCGCAUGGCGGACAAUGCUCUCCUGUUCAAGCUCGUCGCCAAGAGCGUCGGCUACAAGUACAACAUCAUCCCCUCGUUCAUGGCCAAGCCGUACUCUGACGAGUCGGGAUGUUCGGGCCACAUUCACGUCUCGCUCCGUGACAAGAACAAGCGCAACAUCUUUGCUGUGACCGCUGAGGAGGCUAAGAACGGUGGACGCAAGGACGCCCCAUACGACGACCUCAAGUACCUGUCGCAGGAGGCCGAGUGGUUCCUUGCCGGUCUUCUCGAGGGUCUCCCUGAUGUCAUUCCCCUCUUCUGCCCCAAUAUCAACUCGUACAAGCGCCUGCUCGGCGGCGAGCAGUACUGGGCCCCGGACACUGCGUCGUACGGCUACGACUCGCGUGCCGCCUCGAUCCGCAUCAUCUCGGCACCAGGUGUCAGCGGCCCUGCGACCCGCUUCGAGGUCCGCAUUCCCGGCGCCGAUAUGAACACCCACUUCGCCCUCGCUGCCAUCUACGGUCUUGGUCUCCGCGGUAUUGAGAACAAGACCAAGCUUCCCUACGGCCCUAUCGGCUCGCCUGGUGUCACCCGUGAGACGCUGGUCAAGCUCCCUACCUCGCUCGACGCCGCCACUGCUGCCUUCGCCCGCAAGGGAAGCAUCGCUCGCGAGGUGCUCGGUGACUUCUUCGUCGACCACUACGCCGGCACCAGGGAGCACGAGCUCGACCUGCAUCGCAAGGCCGUCACCAACUGGGAAUUGGAACGUUACCUCGAGCUUGCGUAGACGGGAGGCCAGGGUUUACUCGCUUGGUCGAGUUGUCAGCAGAUAUAUUCAUUGUGGCAUGCAGAGAGUGGGGUAUCAG